AUGGCCUUGGAUGCUUCCAUUAGUUACGCAGUAUCUGCUGGAUAUAUCCUCCUGGCCUAUGUCAUCAUCGUAACCUCAUAUCGGCUCCCCAUGCACCCGCUUAGAGACUACCCCGGCCCAAUCCUUGCCAAUUUGACCGACCUGUAUGGCACUUUCUACGCCUUUGGGUACCGACUUCAUCUGAAGACAUGGGAAGGCCAUGGACGAUAUGACAUCUACCAGAAUGAGAUGGUCACGAAGUCCCAUGCUUACCUAGCGACGCUCUAUACGCCUACCUCCUUCUUCGCGUUCAAUCCCAUUGACAAGAACAUGCAUCGCUCCAAGAGACGGAUUGUCAUACAGGCUCUGACGGACCGUGCAAUGCGGGAAUUUGAGCCUAUAAUGACACAAGAGGUGCAGACAUUCCUCCGACAGCUUCUCAAGUCUGGACCUAUUGACAUGACCGAGAAGUGCAAGCGACUUGCUCUAGAUAUCGCUGGACUACUUGCCUACGGCCAUCCCUUGAAACUACAGACUGAAGAGACGAACCGAUUCAUGACAUCGCCCCUUCAGGCUCGCGACUUUCGCGUGAACCUUUAUUUGCAAUUCCAACUCAUCACACAGCUAGGCAUUCAGUUACUAGUUGAGCUCCCCUUUUUCAGGACUCAACGGAGAUGGCUGAAUCUGGUGAGGCCUCUGAUAUACGCACGGAUUGCAGAGGAUAGACGAGCGAAGGUCGACUUGUACUCCUUUGCCUACGACACUCUCAAUGAAGAGGGAAGAAAGUCGAAUGAGCUCUGGGGGGAGGCUUUUUUCUUCCUCAUGGCAGGAUUGUGUUGA